CACUGUACAGUUGUCAGAUGAAGUAAACAGCAAACGUAAACAUAACCUCCACCAGUUUGUAUGACGACUUUCCUAAAAUAUUUUACAGUUUUAUAGACAAAUUCGAUAAUAAAUUAAAAUAAUACAUACAAAUGUUCUAAUGCGGAGUUCCUGCUACGGUUUUUAUAAAUCCACAACCGUUGACAAUUCACCAUUUCACGUGCAAAAUAUUGACAAAACUAUCAACCAUUGCUAGGCGGUGUUUUAUUCCCUUGUCGUUGUCCUAUCAGCUACAAUGUCCUACGCAAACUGGUUGACUUUAAUCCGCAAUGCCGAGAAAACAUCAAUGAUUUCUGGAAAAGUGAGAAAAAUUCACUACACUUUCCCAGACGGCAAUGAGAUGGCGGAGGAAUAUAGCAUGGAAACUGGCGUUGUACUUCGCCGAGCUUGGAAGCGGAAACGCGAACUUAUGGGUGAACCCCAGUGGGAACUGGAGCUUGGCGAGCCGAUCAAGAAUCCCGCAGAGAGUAAUAAUUUCGUUGUAAGGGAAAGCAGCGAACAGCCAGUUCUUACCAAACGAAUAACUAAGAAGAAUAUUGAGUGGCGAAUCCGUAACCUACCUUACCCCAUUGAAACUUACUCAGUAACGGCCAACCCGGACACCAAUAACAUCACAGUGCGAACCUCGAAUAAGAAGUAUUUCAAGAACAUCCCCAUUCCGGAGCUGGAUCGCUGCGGUGCUAAGGUGAAUCAAGGGAGCAUUUCUAUCCACCAUCAAUACAACACACUCAUAAUCACGUACAAGAAACCUGAUAUCCUUUGUGAAAUGGAGGUUGCGGUAUUACGGGAGCUUCAGGAGGUGGAAACAGAAACUGACAUGGAUGAUUUAUUGAAUGAUUUGCUUAGAAAAUAAAUUUGUUUCAAAAUAAUUAAUUAAACUCGA